CACCGACGGCAGCACCAGCGCCAGCUAUGGCCUCGCUUGUGAAGAAAAUAAUCAGCACUACCAAGGCCCCUGCACUGGGUCCCUACAGCCAGGCUGUGCUGGUGGACCGGACAAUGUACAUUGCGGGACAGAUAGGCUUAGAACCUUCCACUGGGCAGCUUGUCUCUGGAGGGGCAAAGGAGGAAGCUAAGCAGGCUCUAAAAAACAUGGGAGAAAUCCUGAAAGCUGCAGGCUGUGACUAUGGCAAUGUUGUGAAGACUACAGUUCUGAUGGCAGACAUGAAGGACUACAAUGAUAUUAAUGAUGUUUAUAAGCAAUUUUUCAAGGCAAACUUUCCAGCCAGGGCAGCCUAUCAAGUUGCUGCUUUGCCCAAAGGUGCCCGAGUUGAGAUUGAAGCUAUUGCCAUUCAGGGACCCCUCCAAGAUGCUUCAGCCUGACUAUAAAUAGAGACUGGAUAUCCUACAGCAGCAGUUUUGGAUUUGAUUAAUACUUCUCUCUUACAUCCCAUUCCUACAGUUGACUAACAGCAGUUACAUGCAGUUGAAAGUAGUAAAUUUACCAAGGAAAGGUGCCCUCUUGCGGAUUGGGGCCUUGGAUUCUCUAAAAUAUGAGCUUACAGUGAGUUCUCUGCUGGCAAACCCUGAAACCUGUGGGAGUCCUGCUAAAAUCAGCUGAUCUGGAUUGCAGGACAGGGCCCACUUUGUGAUGGUCACUGGAUAUUCAGGUAUUAAGGUAUAUGUUUGGGUGAACUUAUAACAGUUAUACUGUCAUAAGUUAUACUAUGUGUGAUCUGGACAUAGAAAACUAUAAUGAUUUGUAAGUAACAAUUUUAAA